AUGCCAACCACAUCAUCAAAGUCUUCCGAAGAGGGGCCUUCGAUCGCUCCGUCUUCAACCACGGAAACUUUGCCUCGCGAGAUCGUUCUGCUCAUACUCGAGGCAUUCGUGGCCGACAUCGUCGAGAACACCUUGCCCAUAGCCUUCAUGGUCCACAACAACUAUCCGAACGAGGAAACCGGGUCAAAGUUUUCAAUUCAAGUCGAACAUCCUGCCGCGGAACGGAAGCAAGACAGUCGGUGGUCGGAAAUCCAGACCCCCCUUCACAUCAACCAACACACGCGGGCCCUCACUCAGGAGCAUUUCUUCUCGUACCCAAUGUUCUACCGUUCGGACGUCACCCAGGGCUGGGUAUGUCCGAGGUGGGACCGAUUCAACUUUUACAUCGGCGACGCCGAAAAGAUGAUUCUUGAGGAGGAAAGAAACGGCCUCUAUCUCGAGAAGCACCCCGACCGCGGCCGGAUCAGCCAGCUGCAGGAGGCGAUCGAGAACCCGGCGCCGUUCGACGUACAGCUGGUCCAGGGCAUGCAGGUUCUGCACAAUUACCCAUCCGACAUGUUCGCCUCGCUCGAUUGUGAGCCGGAUGUCGAGCUGGCGUUCUCGCUGCCGAACCUGCGGGAGAUCCACAUCGACCUCGGCGCCACGGGCGUCGGGAAGGGGACCGUCAAGCGGCCUAGAGAACCGCACUCCCACGAUGUGCCGCACCGGAUCGACGCGGCGAUAUACCCGGAGCUGGCGUCGCGCGGCUAUGACCGCGGAGAGGUGUUUGACAUCUGCGCGCGCAAGGCGCAGGAGAGGGGCGUCAGGAUCGUCUGCUUAGCCCAGUACCCCGGCUCUGGGUACUGGGAAACGUUGGAGCUGCUGCGGACCCCCGAGGGCAUAAGGAUGAAGUUCGUUCAUCCCGAGUGUAUAUGCUACGGGCCCAAUCCCUCCAAUGAUUGA